AUGUCUAUUACCUUCAAGCGGUAUUGGCUCCCAGAAAAGAAAGGGGUUGACUCUCUACAGCUUCGAGACAUCCCAAAGGAACCACCCACACUCGGUCAGAUCUUGGUCCGGAUCAAGGCUGUUUCUUUGAACUGGAGAGAUGGCAUCGUGGCUAUUGUUACCAAUCCUUUUUCAGGACUCGAUGCUGUCGUCCCUGGAAGUGAUGGUGCAGGCAUUGCUGAGGAAAUAGGCGAAGGCGUGACUGAGUGGAAAGUGGGUUAUCACGUAUUCGCGAACUUCACACAGGACCAUAUCGCCGGACGCCUCACUGGCGAGAUCGGCCUUACUCAGCUUGGAGGUGAACAGCAAGGUCUUUUGGGCGAGUUCUUCAUUUUUCCCAAGACUGACGUUGUCAAGAUUCCCGACUAUCUUUCCUUUGCAGAAGCCUCAUGCCUUCCAUGCGCAGCCUUGACAGCUUGGAAUGCAUUGUACGGCCUAACACCUCUCCGACCUGGCCAGACUGUUCUCUUUCAGGGAACAGGUGGUGUUUAUACCUUUGCGCUGCAGAUCGCUCAUGCUGCUGGAGCAAAGACGAUUGUGACUUCCUCAUCUGAUGAGAAAUUGGCUAAAGCGAAACAUCUCAUCGAUUGCGCUCGGAGUGAUAUAGGUGAUCAACUGUCCAUGGUGCUCAAGUCUUGA